CAACAUCACAAGUAGAUGCGAGAAUGCUCUCUGAGAUAACCAGUAUGUGUGAAUCAGGACGAGGAGUGUGUCUUUGUUUGUUGGUGUCACAUGUUUUGGACUCCUCCCGACUCUGUCUCCUAUAAAACAGCAGCAGUUAGAGCAGCUCUUUGGGGUUUGCUAACUUCCACCCGAGGGGACUUCACUGUCAGCCUGGGCAAGACCACCACCACAACUAACACCUCCAUCACCGCUGGUCUCCGCAAACCACCCCAAGCAACAAACAAACAUGGCUCCUUUUGAGAAAUCCAUGGAGAUGAUGCCCUUCAAGCAGAGGAAAUGCCUUGAAACAAGAAAAGAUGAAGUGUGCAGCAUUCGGUCUAAAUUCCCCAACAAACUACCUGUGAUUGUAGAACGUUACGUCCGUGAAAAGACUCUCCCAUUGUUGGACAAAACUAAGUUCCUGGUUCCCUUUGAGCUCACGUUGGGUCAGUUCCUGUGCCUGCUCAGGAAUAAGAUUGCCUUAGACGCCACCCAGGCUCUGUUCCUCCUGGUGGCAGAGAAGAGUAUGUCCUGCAUGUCCUCCAGCAUGGGGGAGGUUUACACCCGCUACAGCGACACUGACGGCUUCCUCUACAUCACCUACGCCUCACAGGAGAUGUUUGGAGCACCUCAACCGGCAGCCAGGCCUCCUUGCUGAGCAUGAAAGCAAAUAAAAUGAACUGAACAUUGAACCAAUGGUGGUAACACCACACAACCAGACCGGGGGGAAAAAGGGACAAACUGAGCCAAGCUGACACUGUUUUUGUCCAGUUUUUUUUUAGACCCAAACUGCAUAUCAACCUACCUCAUGAGCCUUUCUGGACUUUUCAAACACAGCAGACACCCUUAAAAAGGAAACAACCAAGAAGAUGUUACUGACUGUAGCAGAGUAUUGCGAUCAUUCUCUGCUCCAAAAAUCAUAAAGAAAAUGUCAGAAUUAUGAUAUUUGCCUGUUGUAGGUCAAAAAAGGUAAAAAAUUUACCCUUCAGUUACUUCAGAAAUGCUGAGCUGCAACUCAAACAAACCUGUUUUCACAUUGCUGUAACACCAGUUGAGUGUAAAACCACCAUGACCACCACCACCACUUUGUCUAUGCUGCACAAACGGGGUCAAAGUCUUGCUGGUAAUCAGACUCCUUCUAAGCACUUAUGUCCCCUUCCUCCUCUCCUUUCUUUGAUUGAUUGCCUCUUCCUCCUUCUCUACCCUUUUUAAAAAAUGUGAAAUUGUGACUCCUGAGGCACUCACUGGAAACACAGACGUCAAUUUAAUACUGCUCUGAUUUGUUCUGUGAUCAUACAGCAAAGAAAAAUAAA